GUUUUUUAAGCUUUCUAAUAGCCUGAAAACGCUUUAAUUUCAAUGCUUUGUACUGAGAGUGGAAAAUCAGUGAAACAAAGGAAUGAGGCCUCAUAGUGGAGAAUGAAUGAAUGUCUUUUCACUCACCACCCAGGAAAAUCUGCACAUCUAAGGAGAGCGGAUGAGUUAGUUGUAUCUGGAUCACAUUCUGAGUCAGUGAUAAUACUGGCGAAGGAAUCAUGCCUCUGCAAAAUUAAAUUCCCAGGGUUACAAGCUCGAACAUGAACGUUUGCCCUUGUGUGUUGUCCCCAGGUUUCAGACAUGCCGAGGAGCACCCUGCUGUGCGCGGUCCUCUCACUGCCGUGCGCGGUGCUCGCGCUCCUGCGCGCCCAGCCCUUCCCCUGCCCGCCCGCCUGCAAGUGUCUGUUCCGGGACACCGCGCAGUGCUCCGGGGGCAACGUGGCGCGCGUUGCCGCCCUCGGCCUGCCCACCAACCUCACGCACCUCCUGCUUUUCCAAAUGGGCCAAGGCACCUUGCAGAAUCACAGCUUCAGGGGCAUGACGGUCCUACAGCGCCUGAUACUGUCAGACAGCAACAUUUCCGCCAUCGCCCCUGGCGUCUUCAACGACCUGAUAAAACUUAAAACCCUGAGGUUGUCGCGCGACAAGAUCACUCAUCUUCCAGGUGCGCUCUUGAAUAAGAUGGUGCUGCUGGAACAGUUGUUUUUGAAUCACAAUGCGCUGAAGAGCAUUGACCAAACCAUGUUUCAAAAACUGGUUAACCUGCAGGAGCUCUCUUUAAAACACAAUCAACUCGUUUUCCUUCCUGCUAGCCUCUUCACAACUCUGGGGAACCUGAGAUUGUUGGAUUUAUCGGAAAACAAUUUGAAUUACCUGCCCAAGGGAUUGCUUGGGGCACAGGUUAAGCUUGAGAGACUUCUGCUCCACUCGAACCGGCUCAUCUCUCUGGAUUCGGGGCUACUGGAUAGCCUGCGCUGCCUGAUGGAGCUGCGGCUCGACAGAAACCACCUCCGUUCCAUCGCUCCAGGGGCCUUCGACCGGCUCCACAACCUGAGCAGUUUGACUGUUUCCAGAAACCAGCUCGAGUUCCUGCCCACUGCGCUCUUUCUCCAUUUGCACAAUUUGACCUUCUUGACCCUGUUCGAGAACCCGCUGGAAGAGCUCCCGGAGGUGCUCUUCGGGGAGAUGGAGGGCCUGCAGCAGCUAUGGCUAAAUGGCACCCAGCUGCGCACCGUGCCCGCUGCGGUCUUCAGCAACUUGAGCCGCUUGUCUGUGUUAGGGGUGACCCUGAGCCCACGUCUGAGCGUGCUCCCAGGGGGCGCGUUCCGCGGCCUCGGCAACCUCCGGGUGCUCGCCUUGUACUCCAAUGGACUGGCUUCUCUCCCCGACGGCCUGCUGCGAGGGCUCGGCGAGUUGCGCCAAGUGUCGCUGCGCCACAACAAGCUGCGGGCCCUGCCCCGCGCGCUCUUUCGCGACCUCCGCAGCCUGAUUGCGGUCCAGCUUGACCAUAACCAGCUGGAGACCAUGCCUGGUGAUGUGUUUGGGGCUCUGCCCCGACUGGAGGAGGUCUCUUUGGGGCACAAUCCCUGGCGCUGCGACUGUAGCCUGCAGCCGUUUCUGGCGUGGCUACGACAGCACCCGGGCCUCCUGGGCAGAGCCGAGCCCCUGAAGUGCCACGGCCCCGGGCCGCGCGCUGGCCUGCCCCUCCAGGACCUGCAGGACAGUGACCUGGAGUGCCCGAGCACCCUGGGUGGGUCUCCCCACCCUCCAUCCCCGACCCGGCCGGCCCUGCAGGUGGCCCGCGGCCCCCCAUAUUUGGUGCCCAACAGCUCAGAACCCUGGGCAUGGGCCCAGCCUGUAGCCGAGGGAAAGGGCCAAGACAAUAGCCUGUUCUGGAGUCUUUAUUUUCUGCUUUUAGCUGCUCAGGCCGUAGUAACUGGGGUCAUUAUGUUUGCUAUGAUUAAACUCGGCCGGCUCUUUCCAAAAUUAAUCAGAGAGAAAGUUCUUGGUUGAGUCAAUAAAAAAAGCCUUCCACUUAAUUGAAACAUAACCAGAAUAUUGUUAGAUGUGGUUCUGGGAGAAUCCAGACAGGCCAUCUCUGUCUUCCUUUCUCGUCUCCCUUCGGCCCUCUCCUCUUCCCCAUAUCCCGCCUCUCUGCCACUUCCUGCUACGUCCCUUUUCCCAGAAUAGCCUUUACAUUUGUAAAUUGUGACUGCUUGCUUUACUUCAUCCUUCCUUCCUGUGUGUGGUCCUGGGGAUGUGGAUUGUGUUUACCUCAUCCUUGUGACUUUGUGCCCAGUUGGAGAGGGGUCUCUUCAACGUUUCUGAGGAAGGGUGAAGAUGAGUCAGCCAGUUGCAGGCCAGGACCCGCUCCUGCACACAGAUGUCUGGCAAAUGUGCAAUAAAUUAAUGAAAUGAAUACACGCGAUACAAUUGAUGGUGACUUUUCCUGGGGAAAGUGUGGCUUGUUCUCUUUAUCUACUUUUUCUUGGAAAAGCAGAACUCUUCCAUCUCUUUCCCUUGUCCUAUUUUCUUCUCACUAUUUGUGUCUCUGUGGGCUAUUUGGGAGAGUAACCCUACUCCACUCAUUCAGUGCAUAUUUUCAGAGUAGGCCUACUCAAUGAUAGGGCAAGAGACAAAAGAACACAGGGCCUUCCCUCCAGGAGCUCAGCAUCCAGUGACAGGAGCCAGGACAGCGAGGUCAGGGCAGAGUGCCCAGGAGCAGGAGGAGGACCAUGGGGAGGGUGGGUGGAGCGGAGAUUUGAGAGAGAAGCUCACCAGGAGGUCUAAGUGUGUGUGCGCACGUGCGUGCA